UUACAAAGGCAAUGGUUCAAUUUAGGCAGGGGGCAUUAAAAUGGUGUUCAGUAUAAAAUCUCUCAGUGCUGAUGGAACAAUUGGUUUCUCGAUCUAAAUUGUCUAAAGGUCUGGGCCCUCGUCAAACAUUUUUGGGGAAAAAAAAAGAACUCAUCCUGUGACUUCUGAUCAUGGCAAAUUAUGAAAUAUGCGAUGUGCAUGUUGCAUGAGUUCACAUCAGAAAAUGAAAAUGGACCAGAAUCUGGUUUGUCAGAGCGGCAGAGCGUUUCAAAUGCCUUAGGUGGUAUCUGCUCAGGAGCCACUUUGUAUUCUCGCCAAGCUGAUUCACACGCUUUUGGAAGACUUGUCCCCUCCCUAGUGCACGCUCUAACAAAUCUAAUAACCCAAGAUCAGCCAUGCUACAAUGUCAAAUUCUUGUCAGCCACAUGUCUUUAGAUGUAACACCAGUUAUGUGACAAAACAGAUUUUUCACAGACACAAUUACUACUUGGUCAGUUUAGGGUUGUAGUUUUCCUGUUCUACCACUAGAUGCUGUUCUCAUAUUCAAGAACAUUUCUACGCAUGAGUAUGAAAUGAUUAAAAACCACACACUGUGCAAAAUUGUUCCAAUACAUGAUAUAUGCACAGAUCUGUAUGUAAUACAGUUGAUAAAUGAGAGCCCUGGAGUUUCUCUCAGAAGCAAGUUCUGUUAAAAGCUUGCAGAAAGGAAUACACCCCAAUAGAACACCUACUUUUUCAAGUCAAGUAUGUGUGAGAUGAAGUCAUACACACUGCUUCUUUAAAAAGCAUUUCAAGAAUAAAUUCUGGUUCUCUGACAUUUAAGAACUCUUUUAGAUGUGUUCACCACUUUUGUUUAUACUUUUCCAGCUGAGCGGGAAAUUGGAUCCACAAACCAGUCAGUCCCCUCCCAGCUGCUAUUCUCAUACCUGCAGAACAAGAGCAAGCAGUAACAAGGGGCAACUUUCACAGCAAAGAAAAAACAUUUGAAAAUGAUUUUUGAAUGAGCAGACGGUUGAUAUUAUUUUUUCUGUCAACUUUGCCCUCUUCUUCGGACCAUUUGUCAACAUGCAAACUCAGAUUGUUGGUUUUGGUUUGGCGCUCAUCGGUUUUCUUGGAACCAUUCUCAUCUGCGGUCUGCCUAUGUGGCAGGUGACAGCCUUCAUCGGGGCAAACAUUGUCACCGCUCAGGUCUACUGGGAAGGUUUGUGGAUGAACUGUGUCCUGCAGAGCACAGGCCAACUACAAUGUAAAGCCUAUGACUCUGUUUUGGCUUUGCAGCAGUACCAACAGGCCUCUCGGGGCCUGGUCUGUUCCUCCAUCGGCAUUGGCGUGAUAGCAAUCGGGCUCAGCACGGUCGGGCUGCGGUGCUCCAACUUCUUUGAUUACGACAGGAGGAAAAAAUCCAACAUAGGCAUGGCAGGAGGUGCGGUGUUUAUACUGGCUGGGAUCACGUGCAUCAUUCCUGUCUGCUGGUAUGCAUACAUCAUCAUCACAAGAUUUUACAGCACGGUGGCCACGGAUUCCAUGAAAGGAGAGUUGGGAGCAUCCAUAUAUGUGGGUUGGGUGUCAGGGGUUCUCCAAGUCAUCGGGGGUGGGAUCUUGUGUGGCACCUACAGAUGCUGAGGAUGAUCAACAAUAAGCUGUUCAGAUAAACCCUCAAAAAUCACUGAAGAUAAAAGAAGUCCCCUUUAACUGACUUUACUUUUUGUAUUCUUUUGAAAUAGUUCUGUGUUUACAUUUAUUUCAUUUUUUAUUUAACUAAAUAGAUCUUAUCUGAGGUUGUGUGUAACAUAUGCAAGUGCACAGCAACUUACAUAUCUGUAGAUAAUUUACUGAAAGAUUUUUUUUAAAGAGAAAUGUUCAGUUCUAAAUUGCUGCAUGUGCUCCACAAAAAAGACUUUUAGUGAAGAAUUUGUACAUACUACAAAUAAUGAUCAUGUUUGAUCUCUCAUUUUUUGUUUAGCAAUAGCAUGUUUGGAUUUAUUGUUCAUAUCAAAUGAAACAAAAAUGCUGUUUGCAAUAAAUCUGAGAAACCUUUGUAGAUUUCUGCAAGUUAUCAGGAAAAAGAUGAGUUAACACAUUUUUAUAAAAUCCCAUUAAAGCUUUUGAUUAGAAAAAUGUUUAAUGUGUGAAACUUUUAUGCUGUGAGAAAACACACGACACUGGAUGUUUUUCCAGAUUUCAAACAUGAUAUGUUUCUUAACUCUUUGUUGAUUAUUGUUGCAACUUUUCAUCAAACUUCUUCUGGCCUAAAAGUGUCCAGAUGGAGUGUUAGGAUUAGUACUUUUAUCAUAGAUUUAGUCCUUUACACAUCUUCUGCCCUCUGGUGGAGGAACUACAUGUGAUGAGGGCUAAGUUUAUUCUUUUUUUACUGUUAUAUUGGUUUUGGAUUAGAUAACAAAAUAAAACAGAUUACUAAAAUAAAUAAAUAAAUAAGUUUGAUUAACAUCAGCCAAUACAUAGUUCAGUUUAAAAAGCUGGAAGUUCUUAGUUUUUCAUAUUUCUGUCUUUAUUUA